AUGGAGGUAUCAACGGCUCUGAUGAUCUUAUCAGCUUUUGCUGCGUACUUGUUGUGGUUCAAGAUCCUCUUACGGUCCAUGAACGGCCCGCGUGUCUGGCCUCUAGUGGGCAGCCUGCCGGGCCUGAUCCAAAACGCGAACCGGAUGCACGACUGGAUUGCAGACAAUCUCCACUCUUGCGGCGGCACGUACCAGACCUGCACCUCCGCCAUUCCCUUCCUGGCUAGCAAGCAAAGGCUCGUGACUGUCACGUGCGACCCCAAGAACUUGGAGCACAUUUUGAAGCUCCGGUUUGACAACUACCCCAAGGGCCCCACCUGGCAAUCUGUGUUCCAUGAUUUGCUCGGUGAUGGGAUCUUCAACUCUGAUGGUGACACCUGGCUGUUCCAACGUAAGACCGCCGCACUGGAAUUCACCACCCGAACCCUCCGCCAAGCCAUGGCUCGGUGGGUGAGCCGCGCCAUUGAGCUCAGGUUUUGCCCCAUUCUUGAGACGGCUCAGAAUGAAGCCAAGCCGGUGGAUCUUCAAGACCUCAUGCUUCGGCUCACAUUUGACAACAUUUGCGGGUUGGCUUUCGGAAAGGACCCACAGACGCUGGAGCUGGGCCUUCCCGAAAACGACUUUGCAAAUUCUUUCGACCGAGCCACUGAAGCCACGCUGCAGCGCUUUAUCUUGCCCGAGAUUAUAUGGAAAUUCAGAAAAUGGCUCAGACUCGGAAUGGAAGUCAGCUUGAGCCAGAGCCUCCAACACAUCGACCAGUAUUUAUCCACUAUAAUCAACACACGUAAGCUGGAGUUGAUCAAUAAGGAACAAGGUUCGAAUGGGGUCCCACAUGAUGACUUGUUGUCCCGGUUCAUGAAGAAAAAGGAGUCCUACUCGGACACAUUCCUCCAACACGUGGCGCUCAACUUCAUCCUAGCUGGACGUGACACAUCAUCGACGGCGCUGAGUUGGUUCUUUUGGUUGGUGAUUCAAAACCCACACGUGGAGGAGAAAAUCCUUGCUGAAGUUUGCACUGUUCUGAUGGAGACACGUGGCAGUGACACUUCCAAAUGGGUCAAAGAGCCCCUAGUGUUUGAAGAAGUUGACCGACUGACUUACCUUAAGGCCGCGUUGUCCGAGACCCUAAGGCUGUACCCUUCAGUGCCAGAAGACUCCAAGCUAGCAAUAAACGACGAUGUUUUGCCAAGUGGAACUUUUGUACCAGCAGGCUCUGCAAUCACAUAUUCAAUAUACUCAGUUGGUCGCAUGAAGUACAUUUGGGGUGAAGAUUGCCUUGAAUUUAAGCCCGAAAGGUGGUUAUCUUCUGAUGGCCAAAAAAUGGAGGCACAAGAUUCUUACAAGUUUGUGUCCUUUAAUGCUGGUCCAAGAAUUUGUCUAGGCAAAGACUUAGCUUACUUGCAAAUGAAGUCAAUCGCGGCCGCCGUGCUGUUGAGGCACCGGCUCACAGUGGUUCCUGGCCAUCGGGUGGAGCAAAAGAUGUCACUGACAUUGUUCAUGAAGUAUGGCCUCAGGGUUAAUGUGCACCCUAGAGACUUGAACCCUACUUUGGAAAAGAUAGGUAAAGGUGUUAAGAUGGUGGCUGGGAGUGCUUAA